AUGUGUAUUUUGAGAUGAAAUUAUUAGAUGGAUCAUGAACAUAUUUCGUUAUGGAAAAGAAUAUUUUAUUUAUAUGUUGGUAAUAGAUGUAUUCCCUUUGGUUGCGCGGGGUCGUUCGAAACUGUCGUGGUAGGCGCAUCUUGUGGUUACUAAGGCAUUGUUUGCUGUCGAAUUUGUGUUUGUGAUUUUCAGUCAGAUAUAUUUUUAAUAUUGAUUUGAAAUUUAGUGUUUAUGGUGAGUUUUAUUAUCGGUAUUUAGUGUGUUUUAAUAUGUAUUCUGUUGUAGUGUUAAAGGAACUUUUUUUAUUUUUAUGUACAGAUGGAUUUUUUUGAUUCUUUAAACGCUCCAAGUGAGAAGCCUGUGUACAUGAAGAACACUGAAUUGCCAUUAUUUGUUCCCAUUAAAAUGAUGUCCAUUGAACCUGCAACUACUGUUGUUGGUUUAAGUAUCAAAGUGGAAGGUAUAUUGGGGAAGAGCAGGAUUUUCUUCUAUCUCAAUAAAGAAGAUUACAAAAAAAUGGUUGAGAAUGAUGGCGCUGCAAAGUUGACAACUCUCAUUAAUAGUAAUCAAAAUCCCUAUUGUUUCUGUGUUAAGAAACGCAGUGGUUUUGGAAUGGUGUUUAUUCCUUUUGAUCUUGAGUUAAUUGUUACUGCUCGUAACGAAGAAAGAGUGAGAAUGAGCCAGAUUCCAGCAGUCGUUCGAUCAGAAAUUGAUUUUGAAGGUCUUGCAAAGUCAUCAAUUGUUCUCGAACCUUAAGAUUGGUGUUAUUAUUAUGUGGUUUUUUGCCUAUCUGAAAAGUCAUUUUUUUGUUUGCAUGGUGUACUCUUUUGAAAAAGAAAAGAAUAAUAAAUUGUUUAUUUAAAUAUCAUUUUUAUGUUUUGUUGUGAUUCAUUAAAAACACCUUGAACUCUCAUAACCUAAUCUGCUUAGUAUAUGGAUGGCGCCAUGACAGUUUAUUUGUUUUGA